AUGAUUUUGAACCUACUCCGGGCUUUUUGGGGGGUCUUCUUUAUUUUCUGGACAGCUUUUAACACAGCCCUAGUGGAUGUGGUCGGAUCGGAGCAGCAGAUCCCCUUGUCGGUUGUAAAGCUCUGGGCCUCAGCUUUUGGUGGGGAGAUCAAAUCCAUCGCAGCUAAAUACUCAGGUUCCCAGCUUCUGCAGAAGAAAUACAAAGAAUACGAGAAGGAUGUUUCAAUAGAAGAAAUUGAUGGCCUUCAGCUUGUGAAAAAGCUAGCAAAAAGUAUGGAAGAAAUGUUUCAUAAAAAGUCUGAAGCUGUACGGCGUCUUGUUGAAGCUGCAGAGGAUGCUCACUUGAAACAUGAAUUUGAUGCUGAUUUACAGUAUGAAUACUUCAAUGCUGUUCUCAUAAAUGAACGAGAUGAAGAAGGAAACUUUUUAGAACUGGGGAAGGAGUUCAUUCUAGUGCCAAAUGACCACUUCAAUAAUUUGCCUGUGAACAUCAGCCUGAGUGACGUCCAAGUACCAACCAAUAUGUACAACAAAGAUCCAGCUAUCGUAAAUGGAGUCUUUUGGUCAGAAUCCUUAAACAAGGUGUUUGUCGAUAACUUUGACCGUGACCCUUCUCUCAUAUGGCAGUACUUUGGAAGUGCAAAGGGAUUUUUUAGACAGUAUCCAGGAAUUAAAUGGGAACCAGAUGAGAAUGGAGUUAUUGCAUUUGACUGCAGAAAUCGAAAAUGGUACAUACAGGCAGCUACUUCUCCAAAAGACGUGGUUAUUUUAGUUGAUGUCAGUGGCAGCAUGAAAGGACUCCGUCUGACAAUUGCUAAGCAAACCGUAUCAUCUAUUUUGGAUACCCUUGGAGAUGAUGACUUUUUCAACAUAAUUGCUUAUAAUGAAGAACUUCACUAUGUAGAACCGUGUCUGAAUGGAACAUUAGUACAAGCAGACAGAGCCAACAAAGAGCACUUCAGGGAACACCUCAACAAACUUUUUGCAAAAGGAAUUGGAAUGCUGGAUAUAGCUUUAAAUGAAGCUUUCAACGUUCUCAGUGAUUUCAAUCACACAGGACAAGGGAGUAUUUGCAGUCAAGCCAUAAUGCUGAUCACUGAUGGUGCUGUCGACACGUAUGAUACAAUAUUUGCAAAGUAUAAUUGGCCAGACAGGAAGGUUCGCAUGUUUACCUAUCUGAUCGGAAGAGAAGCUGCUUUUGCUGACAACCUCAAAUGGAUGGCCUGUGCUAACAAAGGGUUUUUUACUCAGAUCUCUACAUUAGCUGAUGUGCAGGAGAACGUCAUGGAAUACCUCCAUGUUCUUAGCCGACCAAAGGUUAUUGAUCAAGAGCAUGAUGUGGUAUGGACUGAAGCAUAUAUCGACAGCACUCUCCCUCAGGCUCAAAAGCUUGCUGAUGAUCAGGGAUUGGUUUUGAUGACCACUGUUGCCAUGCCAGUAUUUAGUAAGCAAAAUGAGACUAGAUCCAAAGGGAUUCUUCUGGGAGUAGUUGGCACAGAUGUUCCAGUUAAAGAACUUCUAAAGGCCAUUCCAAAAUAUAAGUUAGGUAUUCAUGGAUAUGCUUUUGCAAUUACAAACAAUGGAUACAUUUUGACGCAUCCAGAACUCAGACCAUUGUAUGAAGAAGGAAAAAAGCGAAGAAAACCCAACUACAGCAGUGUUGAUCUUUCUGAGGUUGAGUGGGAAGACAGAGAUGAUGUGCUUCGAAAUGCAAUGGUGAAUCGGAAAACAGGGAAAUUUUCUAUGGAGGUGAAGAAGACAGUGGACAAAGGGAAACGGGUAUUGGUGAUGACAAAUGACUACUAUUAUACAGACAUCAGGGGUACUCCUUUCAGUUUAGGUGUGGCUCUCUCUAGAGGACAUGGCAAAUAUUUCUUCAGAGGGAACGUAACUAUAGAAGAAGGUUUGCAUGAUUUAGAACACCCUGAUGUAUCUUUGGCAGAUGAAUGGUCAUAUUGCAACACUGACGUACAUCCUGAACACCAUCAAAUGGCUCAGCUAGAAGCUAUUAAACUCUACCUCAUAGGAAAAGAGCCAUUGCUUCAAUGUGAUAAAGAAUUGAUACAAGAAGUUCUGUUUGAUGCAGUGGUGAGUGCACCAAUAGAAGCUUAUUGGACCAGUCUAGCUCUAAAUAAAUCAGAAAAUUCUGACAAGGGAGUGGAAGUUGCCUUUCUUGGAACCCGGACGGGUCUAUCUCGUAUCAACCUGUUUGUGGGACCAGAGCAACUUACUAAUCAAGACUUCCUGACAGCUGAAGACAAAGAGAAUAUUUUUAAUGCUGAUCAUUUUCCACUCUGGUACAGAAGAGCCGCCGAGCAGAUACCAGGCAGCUUUGUCUAUUCAAUCCCAUUUAGUACAGAAACAGCAAACAAAAGCAAUGUGGUGACAGCUAGUACUGCCAUUCAACUUUUAGAUGACAGAAAAUCUCCAGUGGUUGCAGCUGUAGGUAUCCAGAUGAAACUUGAAUUUUUCCAGCGGAAGUUUUGGACUGCCAGUAGACAGUGUCCAUCUCUUGAUGGAAGAUGUUCUAUAAGCUGUGAUGAUGAAGCAAUUAACUGCUACCUCAUAGAUAACAAUGGAUUUAUUUUAGUAUCUGAAGAUUACAGACAGACUGGCAACUUUUUUGGUGAGAUCGAGGGGGCUGUGAUGAACAAAUUGCUAACAAUGGGCUCCUUUAAAAGAAUUACACUUUAUGACUACCAGGCCAUGUGUAGAACAAACAAAGAGAGUAGCGACAGUGCCCAUAGCUUACUGGACCCUUAUAAUGCCUUCUUUGCUGCAGUAAAAUGGAUAAUGACUGAACUUGUCGUGUUCUUGGUGGAAUUUAAUUUGUGCAGUUGGUGGCACUCAGAUUUAACAGCAAAAGCACAGAGAUUGAAACAAACCCUAGAGCCUUGUGAUACUGAAUAUCCAGCUUUUGUUUCUGAACGCACUAUAAAGGAGACCACGGGAAACAUUGCUUGUGAUGACUGUUUCAAGUCCUUUGUCAUCCAGCAAAUCCCAAGCAGCAAUCUCUUCAUGGUGGUAGUAGAUAAUGAAUGCAACUGUGAGUCUAUCUUGCCAAUUACCAUGGAACCCAUAGAAAUAAGGUAUAAUGAAUCCCUUAAAUGCGAACGUUUAAAAUCUCAGAAGAUUAGAAGACGUCCAGAAUCUUGUCAUGGAUUUCAUCCUGAAGAGAAUGCAAGAGAAUGUGGGGGUGUUCUAGGCCUUAGUGCUAAACCUACUCUUGUUCUUCUUCCACUGCUUUUGGUAAUUUUCUCAAGGUGACGUUGACUGAUGUGUUCACUUGGCAUGCUAAAUACAUGGAUAAACUGUGAACUGAGAAAUGGUGCAACAUAGAAGACAAGAAAUAUAGUCAAAACAUCAGCAUUUCAUGAUUUUAAACUGUUGAUGAGAUAAACUUAAAGAUAUGUUGAAAAAGAUUUAUCUUUUUACUUUGCAAGUCAUGCAAAUGUGAAUUUGCCAUAUGAUAGUCACAAUUCAUCAAAAAAGGACUUUAAUAGAUAUACACAAGUGUCCAUUACUUUCUGCUUUGUCCCAU